AUGUAAAAUCGUCUCGAAUGUCGCAUCAUCUCUCACCGACUAAGCGGUGUGCGUACAAAAUGUAAAAUAGAUAAGAGAGGUUGGAAUUUUUUCACUCUUUUGCCAUUACAUUCUCGUCGAUUGCACACGCUGUACUGUGAACCAAGUGUGUUCUCCGUUGUUUUGUAUCAAGCACAAAAACAAUACAAUUGUAGAGAAAUAUAAAAAGGCAGAGAAGAAAAAACAAGAAAUUAUUGUCGUUGCCGUCGUGAAUAAUAAAAACACAUUGCUCAAUAAAAAACAGAUUCACAGAGAGUGUUUGAACGGUUUUCUUAUCGCACACAAUAAAAACCUUAAAUAUAUGCAAGUGAAUCAGUCAAUUGUGAUCGAAAUUUUUGGUAUAUUUUUCAUUACGACGUGCUGAUUUCAUCGCCAGUAUACGAGUUACAGCAGAACAGUGCGAACGUGUCGAGUGGAAUAGAGAGUGAAAAAAUAGAAUGUUGCGAAAGACAGCGAUUUUUUGUGUGAUCGCGUUCAUUUGUUCAGCAAAUGGACAAGAAAACAAGGCCCGAUAUGAUAAUUAUCGAUUGUAUCGUGUGCAAUUGAAAACGGAAGAUCAAGUAAAAGUUUUUAAAGAGCUUGAGAAUCGUAGUGAUUGUUACAGUUUUAUAGGCCAUGCACGUGAACCAAACCAAAACCUAACCAUUUUGGUUGCGGCGCAUAAAAUUGCCGAGUUGACGGAUAUAAUUGCUGAUUACAAAGUUGGAUUCGAAAUAUUGAAUUACAAUUUCCAAGCGAAUAUCGAUGCAGUAGAGAAGAAUGUCAAGCCAGCCAAUACAUCGGCGAAUGACUUUGACUGGCGAAAUUAUUAUCAUUUGGAAACGAUUUAUGCAUGGCUUGAUCAUCUAGUUCAAAAAUACAGCACAAUUGUUAAGCCGUUGGAAGUCGGAAGAAGCUACGAAGGUGUUCCCAUAAGAGGUGUGAAAUUGUCGCACAAAGCCAACAACACGGCCAUUUUCAUCGAAGGUGGAAUACAUGCCAGAGAAUGGAUCUCUCCAGCUACUGCGACUUUCAUUUUGGACAAGCUAUUGACGUCGGAAGAUAAGGAUAUAAUGGAUAUUGCACAAAAUUUCGAUUGGAUUUUCUUCCCGGUUAUCAAUCCGGACGGUUACAAGGCAACGUUUGAAAAAGAUAGAAUGUGGCGAAAGACGAGACAACCAUUUGGCUUGUGUCGCGGUACUGACUUGAACCGAAAUUGGAACAGUCAGUGGAAUAAAUCGGGUUCAAGCUCUGACCCAUGUGCCUAUGAUUACGCUGGGCCACGCGUGUUCAGCGAACGGGAAUCGGAACAAUUGUCAAAGUAUCUGGAGAGUAUUGUGAAGCCACAACGCGUUCAAACAUACAUCAGCUUACACUCUUACUCACAAUUGCUCAUGUUCCCAUAUGGUUAUACCAGUGACAGAGUAUCGAACUACGAAGAUUUGAAAGCAAUCGGUGAGAAGGCAGUUGCUGCAAUUAAAACCCGCUAUGGCACUAUCUACCGUUCGGGAAGUGUGUAUGAAACCAUUUAUCCAUCAUCUGGUUCAAGUCAUGAUUGGGCAUACACCGAAUUGAAAAUUCCAAUUGCUUAUACCUUUGAGCUGCGUGGCCCACCAACAAGCAUAGACAUGUUCAUCUUGCCAGCCGAACAAAUCGAACCAACCGGACUUGAGACUCUCGACGGAUUUGUUGCACUUUUGAAAGAAGCCAAAGCACGCGGCUACUACGAUAUUGAAAAGAUUGCCGCAAGUCAAACGGGAUCUGCAUCAUCUCGUCUCGAAAAUCUCAGCAUGAUCAAUGUAGCGAUUGCAUUGGUUAUUGCUUACUUUUUUGCGAAUUGAAUGCUUUGCUUGUGCACAACAACAUACUAUAUUGGACGUGACUUAUUUUUAUCUUGAAAAGGAGAGCUAUAAAACUUUCGCGAUUCCAAAUCAUCAUCCAAUCAAUAAAUAAUAUAUUCAACUAGAUAAAUUUAAUGAGUAAUGUAAGAAUUAUGGAAGAGAAUUUGAAUAACAAAUAAUAAUUUGAAAUAGAAAUAAAUUAUGAUAUCAUUGUAGUCGGUCUUUUCUAUAGCUGAGAUGAGACAUUAAGAAUGUUAUUUGUGAUCAUUUAAACACAAUAAAAUCAUCGGCUUCAUGAAAGUGUCACCAAA